ACCCCGCCCAAUCAUACGCUGGGAAAAGCUAACGCUCGCUAAUUGUUUGGCUACCAUCCGUCCAGUCCCUGUGAUCAAACUAGCGUCUCUUGCCUUUCUCUCAGUUUUCACCAUUCGCACAUUUCAACCCCCCAAAUGACCAAACUUGAAGAUCGCCAAGAUUCCACCUUUGCUUUAAAGUCCUCCAAAGCUGCCCUGACCCACAACAAAUCCGACGAUAUUAUGAUCCACACAUUGAAAGAUACCGACGAUGUUUCCGUCGACCUGAAAAACGUACAAACCGGCCUAGUGACAGAAAAGACAGAGGCACAACCGAAUCAAGUCAUGGUCAUGUUUGGACUUCUCAGAAAGCUGAUCGGUGUCAAGGACAUAUUAGCAUUGCGUAUAUCAUUGCCUGCUACUUUAUUGGCUCCUGUGGGAAACUUAGAGUACUGGAAUUAUAUGGACCGACCCGAUAUUUUUUCAACUAUGGCCGAUUCCGAUGAACCCUUAGAACGCAUGGUCAAUGUCCUUCGCUGGUGGUUUUCGAAAGAGCUCAAGUACGUAUCUGGAAAACUGAUUAAGCCUUACAACUCCAUCUUGGGAGAAACCUUCAAAUGCUGGUGGGACGUAUCUGAGGAGGAGAUGGAUAGUACAGGGCAACAGGCGUCGUCUACUGCGAGUGAAUCCAAGGGGAAUAUCCGUGUCAAGUGCUUAAACGAGCAGAUUUCGCACCAUCCUCCUGUGUCGGGAUUUUAUUACUCUUGUGAACAAAAAGGUGUGGAAGCACGAGGUAUCGACCACAUCUCAGCCCGUUUCUCUGGCACCUCGUUCAAAGUGGGUCCAGGAGAUCAGAAUUUAGGCAUUUUUGUCAGGAUGCUUAACCGAGAUAACGAGGAAUACCAAUUGACGCACCCCUGGGCAUCCGUCAACGGUUGGCUCAAAGCUUCUCUCUAUGCCACAAUCUCCGACAAUUGCUAUAUGACAUGCCCGAAAUCAAAGCUGAAGGCUAUUGUGGAAUACAAAGAUGAGAAAUGGAUCGGCAAGCCGAAGUUUGAGCUGCGCGGUUUAAUAUUUACAUACGACCCUAACAAUGAUACAAUCAACAAAUUAAAGAAUGUCCCCCCCGCUGAUGUAUUAGCGACAAUAGAAGGAUCAUGGAGAACUCAGAUUCAUGUUAUAUACCCAGAUGGUCAGAAGCGCCUUUUAAUCGACCUCACUCAGCUAGAAGUCAUGCCAAAGCAGGUCAAACCCAUUGAAGAACAAGAAGAGAUGGAGAGUCGUCGCAUUUGGAAAGAUGUGACAGAAAACAUCCUUGCCAAGGACUUCAAUCAAGCGACCAAGGUUAAGCAUGCAAUUGAAGAAGCGCAGCGUGUCAAAGCGGCUGACAGAAAGAGCAAUGGAGAGGAGUUUGUACCCCAACUAUUCCAGCUUCCUGUUGAAGGAGGCAAGCCAGAGCUUACUGAACAAGCUAGAGAGAUUUUGAAGUCUUUGUAGCGAAUUAUCCUUCUAUUUUUUCUAAACAUCAUAAUUUUUGCAUAUUCAGUUUAUAGAUUCAAUUGUGGGUUUGAUUCCGGCCCCAGUAACA